CCCCUUUCCUCCAUUCAUGCGAGAAGAAUUGCUAACCAGUUCCUAGGUCCUACUACACUCUAACAAGUAUGGAGCGCCUCACGCACCAAGACAUGUUCUGGGCGCGGGCAUUAUCCCACAGACAUCAAGGUAUAUUAGUGUUAAGUAUACUUAGCAUGGACCGGUGUUCGUUUCCAGCGCUCUCCUUCUAUCCUACCCACGCUGCUCUUUCCAUCAUGGAGAGCGCGGCAGGUGUCGUAUGGAGAGAAGAGCUCUAGAUUCGUUCUGAGAUUAUACGGUUUAUAACUUGAUCUGGAUAAUACCAGCGAAAGGAUCAUGCCUUCCCUUCAACCCCCUUGAACUAUCUUAACACUCCGCAGGCUUCACACCUUGAAGACUCACUAUCAACAUGUCUCCUCCCGCUGCCUCUUUCGAGAAUCCCGUUGCCAUCAACGGCAACGCCUUGCACGUCAAGAAGGAUCUAGCCGUCAAGCCUGCUGCCAAUGGCAUGGCGAAGACGCUAGCCGAAAUGGAGGACAAGUGGGAGUCGUUCACCUUCUCUCCGAUCCGCGAGUCCCAGGUCUCACGUGCUAUGACCCGUCGCUACUUUGCGGACCUUGACAAUUACGCCGAGUCCGACAUCGUCAUCGUUGGCGCCGGAUCCUGCGGCUUGAGCACUGCAUACAUGCUCGCCAAGAAGCGCCCCGACCUCAAGAUCGCUAUCAUUGAGGCUGGCGUUGCUCCCGGCGGCGGUGCCUGGCUUGGAGGUCAGCUCUUCAGCGCUAUGGUGAUGCGCAAGCCUGCCGAUGCGUUCCUCAACGAUCUAGGCGUUCCCUACGACGACGAGGGCGACUUCGUAGUCGUGAAGCAUGCUGCGCUCUUCACCUCCACCCUUCUCUCGCGCGUCCUCUCCUCCCCCAACAUCAAGCUCUUCAACGCCACCGCCGUCGAAGACCUCAUCACGCGCCCGGCGCCCACCGCCAGCGACCCGCACGCCGUCCGCAUCGCCGGCGUCGUGACGAACUGGACGCUCGUCUCCAUGCACCACGACGACCAGAGCUGCAUGGACCCCAACACCAUCAACGCACCCCUCGUCAUUAGCACCACGGGCCACGACGGGCCCUUCGGCGCCUUCAGCGUCAAGCGCCUCGUCAGCAUGCAGCAGCUCGAGAAGCUGGGCGGCAUGCGCGGGCUCGAUAUGCGCACCGCCGAGGAUGCGAUUGUCAAGCGCACGAGGGAGGUGGUUAGGGGCUUAGUCGUCGGCGGCAUGGAGUUGAGCGAGGUGGAUGGCGCGAAUCGCAUGGGGCCGACGUUUGGGGCUAUGGCGCUUUCGGGCGUCAAGGCCGCGGAGGAGGCGCUCAAGGUUAUUGAUGAGCGCAAGGCGGAGAACGAGUACUGAUUGUGUUCUGUUCGCGGAUCGCUCGUGGGCUGGUCUGGUUUGGACUGAGCCGAGUCUUUCCCUUAGCACAACAACACCUUACCCUUCAGGGGCAAAG